AUGGAUGACACACAAACAUCCAGAGAUGAAGAUUUUUCUCCAGGAUGCAGUUCAGUUCAUCAGAAAUCAGAACCAGAGCCCAGUUGUGUGUCUAUGAGGAGUGAUGGGUCUAUGGGUCUGCCUCUAGAGUUCAGUUUAGUUCAUCAUAAGAAGUCAGAACCAGAGUCCAGCUCUGUGUCUGUGAGGAGUGAUGGGUCUAUGGGUCUUCCACUAGAGUUCAGGUCAACUCUGCCACCCAGAUCAGCUGUAACAAAACUCAUCUGUAAAAAGAAUGACCAUAUGAAUCAGCUACAGGACUUUAAUGAAAGCAGUCAUGAAGUCCUCAAUACAUUUAGAUCAAAUCUGAUGAAGAAGUUUGAGUGUCUGUAUGAGGGAACAGCACAGCAGGGAAACCCAACACUCCUGAAUGAGAUCUACACAGAGCUCUACAUCACAGAGAGUGAGAGUGGAGAGAUCAGUAAUGAGCAUGAGAUGAGACAGAUUGAGACACAAUCCAGGAGAGCAGCAACAGAGGACACACCGAUCCAAUGCAAUGACAUCUUUAGACCUUUACCUGGACAAGACAAACCCAUCAGAACUGUGCUGACAAAGGGAGUCGCUGGCAUUGGAAAAACAGUCUCUGUGCAGAAGUUCAUCCUGGACUGGGCUGAAGGGAAAGAGAAUCAGGACGUCCAGCUCAUAUUUCCACUUCCUUUCAGAGAGAUCAAUUUGAUGAAGGACAAAACACUCAGUCUUUCAGAUCUUCUUCAUGUCUUUUUUCCUGAAACAGAAGAAAUGGAAAUAUUCAGUGACAGAUAUAAAAUGUUGUUCAUCUUUGAUGGUCUGGACGAGUGUCGUCUUCCCUUACAUUUUAAAAGGAAUGAGACUCUACGAAACUCAGACAAAAAGAAAUCAGUGGAUGUGCUGCUGAUGAACCUCAUUGUGGGGAAUCUGCUUCCCUCUGCUCUCAUCUGGAUCACCUCCAGACCAGCAGCAGCUGAUCUCGUCCCCUCUGAGUGUGUCCAUCGAGUGACAGAGGUACGAGGCUUCAAUGAGCCACAGAAGGAGGAAUACUUCAGGAAGAGAAUCAGUGAUCAGAGUCUGGCCAGUAAAAUCAUCUCACACCUGAAGUCAUCAAGGAGCCUCGACAUCAUGUGCCACAUCCCAGUGUUCUGCUGGAUCUCAGCCGCUGUUCUAGAGAAGAUGUUGAGCGAAGCAGAAAGUGGAGAGAUUCCCAAGACUCUCACUCAAAUGUACACACACUUCCUGAUCCUUCAGACCAACAUCAAACAUGAGAAGGACUAUGAGAAGAAGGUGACAGAUAAAGACAUGAUCCUCAAACUGGGGAAAUUGGCUUUUCAGCAGCUUGUGAAAGGCAAUGUGAUCUUCUAUGAGGAAGACCUGAGAGAGUGUGGCAUUGAUGUGACAGAAGCAUCAGUGUACUCAGGAUUGUGCACUCAGAUUUUCAGAGAGGAGUUUGGCUGGUAUCAGGGGAAAGUGUUCUGUUUUGUUCAUCUGAGCGUUCAGGAACAUCUGUCAGCUCUAUAUGUGCACCUCUCCUGUACAAACAACAACAGAAAUGUGUUUGACCAAAUUAACAAACAUAGUUUGAGGUCUAAAGUUAAAGACAGGUUUCAACACAAUUCAUCAGAACAUGUUUCAUUAUCUGAGCUGCAUCAGAGAGCUGUGAAUGAGGCUCUUUGGAGUAAAAAUGGACAUCUGGACCUUUUCCUGCGGUUUCUUCUGGGUCUGUCAGUGAAGUCUCAUCAGAUUCUCCUUCAAGGACUAAUGAAACAGACAAGAAUCAGAUCUGACAGAAAUAGAGAGAAAACAGUUGAGUACAUCAAGAAGAAGAUCAGCACCAUUGACUCUCCAGAGAAAUCCAUCAAUCUGUUCCACUGUCUGAAUGAACUGGGUGAUCAUUCACUAGUGGAGGAAAUACAACAGUAUCUGAAAUCUGGAAGAAUAAAGGAAACCAAACUCUCCUCAACUCAGUGGUCAGCUUUAGUCUUUGUGUUGUUGACAUCAGAGAAGAGGCUGGAUGAGUUUGAUAUUAAUAAAUUUGUUGGAGGAAACAAUAAAGCUGAAAAUAUGAAAGUUGUUCAGAAGCUGCUGCUCGUGAUUAAAGAAUCCAGAUCAGUCAAGUUGAGUGAUUGUGGUUUCACAGAUGAAGGUUGUGCUGCUCUGGCUUCAGCUCUGAGAUCAAACCCCUCACACCUGAGAGAACUGAGUCUGUCUGAGAAUAAAAUAGGACAAUCGGUGAAUCUGUUGUCUGAAGUACUACAGGAUCCUCACUGUAAACUGGAGAGACUGUGGUUGAGUGAUUGUGGAGUCACAGAUGAAGGUUGUGCUGCUCUGGCUUCAGCUCUGAGAUCAAACCCCUCACACCUGAGAGAACUGGAUUUGUCUGAGAAUAAAAUAGGACAAUCAGUGAAUCUGCUGUCUGCUGUACUACAGGAUCCUCACUGUAAACUGGAGACACUGGAGUUGAGUGAUUGUGGAGUCACAGAUGAAGGUUGUGCUGCUCUGGCUUCAGCUCUGAGAUCAAACCCCUCACACCUGAGAGAACUGGAUCUGUCGUGGAAUAAAAUAGGACAAUCAGUGAAUCUGCUGUCUGCUGUACUACAGGACCCUCACUGUAAACUGGAGAAACUGGAGUUGAGUGAUUGUGGAGUCACAGAUGAAGGUUGUGCUGCUCUGGCUUCUGCUCUGGGAUCAAACCCCUCACACCUGAGAGUACUGAGUCUGUCUGAGAAUAAAAUAGGACAAUCAGUGAAUCUGCUGUCUGAUGUACUACAGGAUCCUCACUGUAAACUGGAGAAACUGCGGUUGAGUGAUUGUGGAGUCACAGAUGAAGGUUGUGCUGCUCUGGCUUCAGCUCUGAGAUCAAACCCCUCACACCUGAGAGUACUGAGUCUGUCUGAGAAUAAAAUAGGAAAAUCAGUGAAUCUGCUGUCUGAUGUACUACAGGAUCCUCACUGUAAACUGGAGAAACUGGAGUUGAGUGAUUGUGGAGUCACAGGUGAAGGUUGUGCUGCUCUGACUUCAGCUCUGAGAUCAAACCCCUCAAACCUGAGAGAUCUGGAUCUGUCUAAGAAUAAACUAGGAAAAUCAGGAGUGAAGUUGCUCUCUGAUCUGAAAGAUGAUCCACAUUAUAAUCUGAAAGAACUAAAAUAUUUGUCUCUGUGUUAUUUAGACGUUAGUCCAGUUUCCUCAGGAUCAGCUGAUGGUGAAUAA